AGAAUCAUGCAAAAUCGGAGCUUUGUUGAUGAGUUUAUAUUCCUGGGGCUUUCACAGAAUCCAAAAAUUGAGAAAAUACUAUUUGUUGCAUUUCUGUUGAUUUACCUCGCAACUGUUGGAGGCAACAUGCUGAUUGUGGUGACCAUCGUCCGCAGCCCUUCACUGCUGGGCUCCCCCAUGUACUUCUUCUUGGCAUUCCUAUCCUUACUGGAUGCCUGCACUUCUUCUGUCAUCAUACCAAAGAUGAUUGUGGACUUGCUCUAUGAUAGGAAAACCAUCUCCUUUGAAUGUUGUCUCACUCAGUUGUUUGCUGUCCACUUCUUCACUGGUGCAGAAGUUAUUGUUUUGGCAGCCAUGGCCUAUGAUCGCUAUGUAGCCAUUUGUAAGCCCUUGCACUACUCUUCCAUCAUGAACAGGAGGCUCUGUGGCACUCUAGUGGGAGUGGCCUGGACAGGGGGCUUCUUGCACUCCAUCAUACAGAUUAUCUUCACUUUGCAGCUGCCUUUCUGUGGACCCAAUGUCAUUGACCAUUUUGUAUGUGACUUGUUCCCACUGCUCAAGCUUGCCUGCACUGACACACACAUUUUUGUCCUUCUGGUAUUUGCCAACAGUGGGUCCAUCUGCAUCAUUAUCUUCUCCUUGUUGCUUGUCUCCUAUGGUGUCAUCUUGUUCUCUCUGAGAGGACCCAGCUCUACAGGGCGGCGCAAAGCUCUUUCUACCUGUGGUUCCCACAUUACUGUUGUGAUUUUGUUCUUUGUCCCAUGUAUAUUAAUAUAUGCGAGACCUAUAUCUGCUUUCUCUUUUGAGAAAAAUGUGUUUAUAUUUGAUGAUAUCUUGACACCACUGCUCAAUCCUAUGGUUUAUACUUUCAGGAAUAAAGAAAUGAAAAAUGCCAUCAGGAAAAUGUGGGGGAGAUUCGCAGUGGUUUCUGAGCAAUAUUAA